AUGCCUUUCAAUUAUUAUGGAUUAGAGUUAAAGCAUCGGAUUCUUCGCCACGCAUCCUAUUACCUCGAUAUAUUUAUGGAAUCUACUCCAAGCUCUUUAAGACCUCAACAAGGCCGUAUGCAAGGAUUCGGAUGCGGUGGUGAAGUGGAGAGAAUUGAUCCCAUUCUUGAAAGCAAGAAUUGUCGAACAAAAAUGGCAAGAUUCAUUGAAAGGACUGAAGCGUCGUAUACUCGAUCAACAAGAAGGGUAUCUGGAUAUUGCAUUCCAAAAUAUAAAAAUAUCGUCAGAUUUUCGACCCCAUAUCUUGCCGAGGAGUUCGUGGCGUAA